AUGAUGCAGCAUUUAGACAUGGCUCUACUGUCGGCAUUUGUGGAGAGGUGGCAGCCGGACACAAACACCUUCCACAUGCCGUUUGGAGAGAUUUCGAUCCUUCUACACGAUGUGCAUCACAUUCUUCGGAUACCGGUUGACGGAGAGCUGAUGGGAGAUGAGGCGUCGCAGGAUACUCUUAAGUCAGACAUGGGUGGUCUAGUUCGACUUUCGGUGGAUGCUCAGGUUGGUGGUAAGUGGAAGUCGAAGUGGUACGAUAAUGGUGCUAUGCAUGCAGAGGACGGGAUUCAAGCUCCUCUAGAACAGCGCGUCUCAUUUGUGGCCAAUUCCUUUGGUCCCCAGUAG